AUGGCUGAUGUAAGCUGGUAUUGGAGGAAGUUGGUGCAUCUGAGAUCCUUUCUGCCCAGAGGUACCUUGGAGGUUGCGAUUUCAGGUAGGAAGCUUCAGCUGAACAAGGUGUAUAUGUUGCUACUUCAACAGAGUAAAGUGAGGUUUGCCAAAGUGAUUUGGUGCAGCUUGUCUCUUCUGAAACACAGAUUUGUUCUCUGGCAAUCUGUCCUUGGUCAACUUCUGACUCGAGACAAUCUUAUUCUUCGGCAGAUCCCUCUUGAUUCUCCCUUAUGCCCAUUUUGUGAGAUAGAUUUGGAAUCACAUGCUCAUCUAUUUUUUCACUGUUUGUACUCUCAGCAGGUUUUGAAUAAGAUUGCUGAUUGGUUGGGAAUUGCUAUUUGGCCUUCCAAAUUCUAUGAUUGGAUUACUUGGAUGGAUGGGCGGCCUAAAGGCCUUUCUCAACAAAUCUUUUUUGUUGCUCUUGCUGCUACUGUCUAUUUCAUAUGGCUGAAUCGUAACUCAUGUAUUUUUAAUUACACAGUAUUUUCUAGUAAUAGGAUUCUUUGUCUGAUUAAGGCUAGCUUAAAGGCUAGAUUGCUGGGUUUUACUAGGAAGAAGCUUGGAAUUCUUGAGAAGAAUUUUCUUGAUUCUAUGGAUCAGUUGUAA